AUGUCCCUUUUUGGCUUGACCCCUCAAUCGCCUACUUGGCGGACUCCGUCGCGCUCCUGGAUGGCCGAUGGUAUCCGUGACGAUCUCGAAAUUUCUCCUCGACUUGACUGCAUUCUGCAGGAUCGUCAUGUUUCCUUCCUACAAGGGUAUUAUCACCUUGUCCUGGAUGUUGCGAUAGACAGCCCCGUUGAUGCCUUCUACUCGGACGCCGGCGGAUUUCAUCCAUCAGGAAAGCUAUAA